AUGGUGACUAAAAGAGAAACAGAGAAGACUCCGGUGACUGACAAUAUUGACUCCAUAACCAAGAAGCUGGAACAAAUCUCCUUGCAUUGUCCUGGCCAGUUCAAUGUUCAAUCGUUGAAGACCCAUUUGAAAACUUCUUCUCAAUUUGGUAAUCUCAGACAGCAUUCUUUGACCAACUCUCACCAAGUAAUCCAAAUCCAAGGUUUGAAUGAUGCUCACGGUUGCAUAAUUAACAAUAAACAGUCAGAGAAGACAAUGAUAAAAACUAAUCUUAAAACUCAUAUUUCAAAGAUGCCUGGAGUCCAAAUGCCAAUUGGUGACCCACUGCCUUUUCCAGUCCCCAAACUUUCAGUAGGUCCUUUGUCAGAGAUAUCAACAGAAGAAUUCAAGAAAUCUGCCAUAAGAUCCAUCGGUGCUACCUCUUCUAUUGAGUCAGAGAAGAAAGAAGCAGCAGAAACGUCUCAGAGAGAAACACAGACCUUCGAAGAAACUGGACAUUUCCAUCUACCUGUCGCCCAAGCCAUAACUCACCAGUUAUUCUAUUGUAUGUUUGGAAACAAUGCUAUAAAGAGUUGCAAUCUACUGUCUCUCUCCAGGAUCAGCUAGUCUGAAGCAAAGCAUAAAUACAAGAGUAGCCAUCUUUUAUUUUCCGGCAAACAUACAAGCCGCCAUCUAUGAUGUACUGUAGAUUUAGCUUUCUUUCGUGCAUAGAUGAUCUGGAAGGAUCAGAUUAAGUAGCUGAAGAGUAAGAAAUUAAGAUGGGUAUACUAAGAAAUUAAUUCAGAUACAUACAAUUUAUUAAAUAUUACU